UAUUCAUUUUUCUUCAGGUCUACCAUAGCGGGAAAAGGACAUGAAAACACUUCAUCCUUGGCUGAAACUUGCCGCCUUCUGCAUUAGCAGCUUCUUUCUCUUUGCCUUUGCUAUUGGUUCUCCUGCGCAAGAUGCUGCAGACUGUGUCUUGAAUUUCACUUCAUACCCUUAUCUACCAAGUGCUAACUGCAUUGGUAAAAACGGGAAGGUCAAAUUAUGGGGCAGUAUCCACUCAACUCAUUGCUGUCGAAACGCACUCAAUUCCUUCUCCCAAGUUCUUGCAGCUCGGGCUAAUGAUACUCUAGACGGUAUCAUCUUCCUUGAAGAAGAUUCUUGGAGAAAAUGUAAUUCUCCUUUUUCAAGCCAAGAAUCAGUUUCUAUAGAUUCUUGUGGAUUUGAUGAUUUCUACUCGGGCAGUAGCAAGUGCUCAAGCCUAUUUCUAUCAGAUAUUCAAGGCAAUGCAUAUUACCCUGAAGCAGUAGACAUAUGCGCUAAGUUAAGUUCUUCAUUUGACAAUUCCUGCAAAAAUUGCACUGAUGCCAUAGCAAAGGUGGUGGAGAAUCUAUUGGAACUAUUUAAAGGGCAAAAAAAUGGUACUGAAAGAACAAUAUGUAAUUUAGCAGCAGUUAUUUCAGUUGCAUCUACGAGUGUUACUGAUAACUCUUUUGGCGCAAAUUUGUUUAGCUGUAUGUCUUCUUUGGAUGAUUUUGGUCCACGCUACGUCAAACUCAAACGGUCCCUAGCAAAAGCACUGGUUGCGGUCUUUGUAGCUGUUGUUGUACUAAUUCUGACCCUUGUCUUGGUAAAAUUUGUUGCCUCAAGGAAGAGCCAGAGCGAGAGCAAAAGAAAACUUCCUAAACGUAUUCCAUCCAAGGACACCACUACAUGGUCUGGCCUCUACAGGUUCUCCAAGGCUGAGAUUGAGAAUGCUAUAAGUAUGAACAAUAAAAGAAAGAGUUUAGGUAGAGGGAGUGCUGGUGAAGUUUACGAAGGCAUUCUGCCUAGUGGACAAGUUGUGGCUAUCAAGCAGAUAAAGAAAGAAAACUCCUCUGAUUCUUUUACUAGGGAAGUUGCAGGUCUUUCCAGGAUUCGACAUCCAAACCUUGUUUCUCUACUUGGUUGCUGUAUCGAAGAUGAUGAGCAGUAUUUGGUCUUGGAAUAUUGUCCUGCAGGGAAUCUUGCUCAGCAUCUCCUAAGGAAAGACCGUGUUUUGACAUGGGAAAGAAGAGUUAAGAUCCUAAGAGACUGUGCACUUGGGCUGAGGUAUCUCCACAAUUACAUUGAUGGAUGCAUUGUUCAUAGAGAUAUUAAGCUCACAAACAUCCUCUUGACUGAAGACUUGGAGCCCAAGCUAUCAGAUUUUGGGUUGGCGAGGAUGCUGGGAAUGGAGGAGAGCAAAGUAUUCACAGAUAUUAGAGGAACUAUAGGCUAUAUGGAUCCAGAAUACAUGAGCAACGCAAAGCUGUCCUGUGCCAGUGAUAUCUACAGCUUUGGAAUUGUGGCCUUGCAACUUCUGUCAGGACAGAAAGUUUUUGAGUUGGAUCUUGAUGCCAGUGAACAGCUGACACGAAAAGCAAAGGAUGUAAGCAUGGGAAAUCGUCCAUUAACAGAUUUUGAAGAUCCGAGGCUACAUGGUAAUCUCAAUAAGACAGAUUUCGAAGCCAUCCUAAAGAUUGCUGUCCUCUGUGUUGCCAAAUCAAGUAGAGGUCGACCACCAAUUGAUGUUGUUUUUGAUGAGAUGGAGAAGGCUUGGAAAAACACAGUGGCUGACAUGAAAAUGAGGCAGGAAAUUGGUCCAUCAGCAACACCUCAGUCACGGUCCAUGGAAGUGAUUUCGACUGAUACAAAAUAAAAGAUCCAAAUUAGGAAUGCUAUUUCAUCAUAUACCUGUUGCGAUCCAGGAUGACGCUGUGAUGAUUUUGCUUCACUCCUUUUGAUCAAGCUCAUAUAGGGAUCUUUCCGUCCCCGGAGGCAGCGAAGAUCCAAAUCCGCAUUCAGAAUAGAAGAAAGAAUUAUCGUCUUUUUAAGAAUUGAAGAUUGUCAAUUACUAGUGAAUAUGUCAAAGAUGGGGGAGAUUUUAUUGUUAGUUUACAUUAGUUUUCAAGCUAGAAUGGAUCUCAAAGAGCCAGAAGUUGUCACAUCCACUCGAAUGCUAUCCUAUGGGAACUUCCUGAAAAUACUGCAUAAAAUCAUCAAAAUCUGCAGUGUUUCUUUAAAAAUAUGUACUUGUUUUAAAGUGUCUUGUUGCUGAAGACAAUAAAUGUAUUCUUUGUUGCCUGAAAAAUCCCAGAUCUUUAAGUGCUUCAAUGUUUUUAUUGAAGAUCCAAUGUACUUCAGACAGUCAUGAUAGGAGAUUGCUAUCUGAUCAUGAUGGACAGGAGGCAAAAAAGAUGGAAGCAACUGUUGAGCUUUUCUUUCUUUUGUUCCUUUCCAAUCUAUUACUCAUAAAUCAACAACAUACAGCUUGCAUCUCAAAAAUGAUAUCCACAAUUAUCAGCAUUAGCUUGUUGUACUACAAUUACAGCUCAUCAAAAUUGGAAAAGUAUAAAAUCCAGAACUUAGCUUAAUUAGUUCAUGCAGCUACUUUUAAAAAGUGGCAUCCGACAAGUCUGGGGUCCGAUCAUAGACUGUGUUGCAGAAAAGGAAUCUUUGAGACUACACCAGCUAACCCAAAAAUCAGCAACAAAAUCUUUGAGACCAAACUAACAGUACAAAUUCCCCAAGCACAAAUUUAGAUUAGAAUAUUCAAUAGUUUGAAUGGUCUUUCUAAUUCUCCUUGAACAAAUAUUUUCAUGUUAAUAUGAGAAGUGAUAUAUCUUUGUUUAAUGUUUUCAUAUAGUAACAAUUAAAGGGUUGAGAUGUUAAUUACUCAUUUUUACUGUCAAAAGAACUUAAUUAUUGCUUGGU